AGAGAGAGAGAGAGAGAGAGAGUAAAGUGACGAAUCCAGAUCGCUCAAUCGAGAUAGCUAAUGGCCUCCAAGGACAAGAAACCCUCCAAAUCCCGAACCGGCGGCAUCCAUACACUUUCCGAUCUCGACCGCCGCUCCGCUGACUCCGACAGCGACUCCGAUGCUCCUCAGGAGUAUUACACCGGCGGCGAGAAAAGUGGAAUGCUGGUUCAGGAUCCUUCGAAAGGCAACGAUGUGGAUUCGAUUUUCGAUCAGGUUAGGGAGUUGGGAGUGGUGGAGGGGCCGGUGGACCCUUCUUCGGCGUCCUCGAGCUCGAGGAGCUUUGCCGGAACCGGUAGAUUACUCUCCGGGGAGACUGUACACUCUGCUCCUCCUCAGCAGCCCGAGACUGUUGUCCACAGCAUUGUUUUUUGGUCUGAUGGCUUCAGCGUAAAUGAUGGGCCGCUGAGGCGAGUGGACGAUCCGGAAAAUGCACCCUUCUUAGAGAGCAUCGUAAAAUCUGAAUGUCCAAGUGAGCUAGAACCAGAAGAUAGAAGUACUGCAGUUCAUGUCAAUGUUAUAAGGCGGCAAGAGAAAUACCCGGAAACUGUGAAGCGUCAAGUUGCAUUUCAGGGUGUCGGAAGAACUCUAGGUAGCAGCUCUGCAUCUGAGCCAACCGCUUCAUCAACUCCUCUAGGUACUGGUCCAACCCCAUCUGUUGGCCUAGUUGUGGAUGAAAGUUUGCCAACCACGUCAGUUCAGCUUAGGUUAGCUGAUGGCACCCGCAUGAUUGCACAAUUUAACUACCAUCAGACAAUCAGUGACAUUCGCACCUUCAUCGAGACAUCUAGGCCUGGGAGUCCAAGUAAUUAUCAGUUGCAGCUGAUGGGGUUUCCUCCUAAAGUCCUCAAUGAUCCGAAUCAAACAAUAGAACAGGCCGGUCUUGCCAAUUCAGUAGUGAUCCAGAAACUGUAGUCAUUUGCUCUGCUAUAUUUUAUUCUGUCUGUGAUCUUUAUAUGUGCAAGGUAUCAAAAGCGUGAACUUAUACCUUCAGUGCACAUGUACUAUGUUUGUCACGUAGGUUGAAUCUAUACACUAAAUUUGAAAAAUAUUUUUCUUUUCAAUAAUUUUAAUUAUGAGUCUUU